AUGAAUUUGGAAAUGACUUUUGAUGACCUCAAAAUGAAGCCUAGGAAGGAUCAGCCUGACCAGAAGUUAAAUGGAGAAAGAGCUAAAGGUUUUCACUUUCUUACUUCUCGGUGGUGGUGCCCUGCUGCUGUAACUCUGGGGAUCCUUUGCACGGGAUUAUUGGUGACCGUCAUAAUGCUGGGGAUGCAGUUAUUUCAGGUGUCUGAUCUCCUCAAACAAUACCAAGCCAACCUUACACACCAGGAAAUCUUAUGGGAGGGACAGAUUUUAGCUCAGCAGCAGGAAAAAAAUGCUUCUCAGAAGUCACAGGAGGAACUCAAGGAAAUGAUAGAAAUCCUUGCCUUGAAGCUGGAUGAAAAAUCCAGAAAGCAGAUGGAGCUUCACCAGCAAAAUUUGGAUCUCCAAGAAGCUCUGAAGAGAGUGGAAAACUUUUCAGGUCCUUGUCCCCAAGAUUGGAUCUGGCAUGAAGAAAGCUGUUACCUAUUUCCCUCUGGACUAUUUAAUUGGGAAAAGAGUCAAGAGAACUGCUUGUCUUUGGGUGCCCAAUUGCUGAAAAUUAAUAACACUGAUGAUCUGAAUUUCAUCCAGCAAGCAAUCUCCCAUUCCAGUUUCCCAUUCUGGAUGGGAUUGUCACUGAGGAAACCCAACUACACAUGGCUCUGGGAGGAUGGUUCUCCUUUGAUGCCCCACUUGUUUAGACUCCAAGGUGCCGUUUCCCAGAUGUAUGCUUCAGGCACCUGUGCAUAUAUACAACGGGGAGCUGUUUUUGCUGAAAACUGCAUUUUAGUUGCAUACAGUAUAUGUCAGAAGAAGGCAGUUCUACUGAAAGCACUGUGA